AUGGCGUUCGGUGGUGCGACGCCUGCUCACGUCACGAUAAGGUUCGUCCCCCCCCCCCCGAACAAGACCGCAUGGGCGACCCAGUGCCAGUACAGUACCUUCGGUGGACCGAUUCGAAUCGUAGACCGGUACCGGUACGGCGUGUUGUGUCGUCGUGGCUGCUGCCGUGGACAGGAUCGGAAUCCUACCCGGAACAAGAGUCGUGCCGUUGGUGCCGCCGCCGCGUACGAUUCACACACGGGGACGAGUGUGGUGUGGUGGUACGUUCGACACGGCGGGCGGGUACACGAACGAUUCCGUCUCCGUCCUUCCGGCGGCAAGUCUUCCACUGUCCCAUCCCACCCUAUUCCGAACGGUAGUUCCUAUUCCGUUGGACCCCUCUGUGCCAACAAUAACGCUGAACUAGAUCACCUUUACGGGAUCAUCAACCUGUAA